GGACCGCGCGUACCUGCUGCCUCUGGGUAUAUAAGUAGAGCAACCCCCCAUCAUACACUUACACUCACUCACAUACCGGCACGAAAACGGCCAGGAGUAACCUACCCCGUGUGCCCUGCACACUGCACAGAUCCUAAUGCGUGGAAGGGCCAAGUGGCCGGUUUCUGCGGUGGGAUGCUUUGCGUCGCACUGGUCUAUCGAUUGAUCUAUGUUCUUAUUCGGUACAAUGCCAGACAAGAGCAGGCAAAGGACGCCCAGAGGGCCAUGACAGAGGAGUAUCUCGCUGGAAAGAAAGAAUACCUCCGGAAGAAGGAGCAGUACCUCCUGGAUAGGAGAGAGUACCGCCUUCAGAAGAAGGAGAGGGAGAAGCAAACUCCAUGGUGGCAAUUCUGGCAAGCCAAGAAGGGUGGGAGUGUUUCUCUAGCCAGCAAUGAGGCAUCCCUCCCGCUAAACAAUGGGGUGCCAGAGCAGACAGAUGCCGCCCCGGCCGUGCCUCCCUCACCACGGCUCAGAAUCCUCUGCGAGGGAACGGCGGAGGCCAGUGGAGUGGACGUCGAACGGCCAGCCAAUACUGGCGUGGAGUUCAUCAGUCCACGGGGCUCCGCCUCCCUCGCCCUGGGCCGGAGUACGAGAAAGACGUGGAGCUCCUUAAUGAAGUGA